UUAUGAAAACAAGCAAUGAACUGUAUUUGCCCCAUGGGCUCUGUGUAGUUUGCCAACUUCUAGUUCAGUUCAUUAAUGUUAAGAGAACUUGCACUUCCAGACAUGAUGGAUGACCAGAUUCAUCCACUCACUUUAAACAACCAAAAAACAAAACAAAAUAUAUGAAAUAACAGCUCUGAGUAACAGGAAACAUAGGAUAAUGACCCUUGAGAAAAGAGAAAUAAGUAUACUUAGCCCUGUUACUGCUUCUCUCUGUGUGGAGAAGGUUUCUAGAUUGCAGCACAAGGAAGAGAAAACCUAAACAGACCAGUUGUCUCACUGAGUUGAUAAGUCAGUUUGGAAUUCAGAAAGGUAGCUUGAUAUUAGAGAGGGAAGAGACAGAGACUGAGAGAGAAAGAUACAGAGAUCUUUAGAAGGGACUGCUGGAGUCUAACUAAUUUGUGAUCUGUGAAUCACCCACGCCUGGGGUAAAAUGCCCAGAAAACAGCAGGCCAGCUAUUCCCAGGGCUGACACGGGACCAGGAAUAUUUCAUUUUCCACCAACCAAAGUGCAAAGACUUCCUAAUACAUGGAGCACUGAGAAAAGUCCUCACAAGGAUAGUCCCUGAGUAGUGGGAUGACACUGCCCUAAACUAUGAAGUCUGUGCUCCAUCCAUUUUAACAAAGUUUAAAAGCAGGGUCCAAAAGAGAAGAGGAGAAGAAGAAAUUUCAAAAACAUUAGUGGAGUUGCUGCCACAAUAAAAAUUAUUUAGAUUGUAGGGAGAUCAAACCAUUCCAGAAGCCCAGAGCAACUCAACUUAUCCUCAGAAGAGCCACAAGAAGAUAAAAAUGUCCAAGUUUUAAUUAGUAUCUUCUGUUCUAUCUGUAAAAAUAUUUUACUGUAACUUAUAUGAAUCCCCAGGGAAAAUGUAGUUGAUUUAGUUAUUUGUUAAGUGGAAGUAAGCUAAUAUACAUUAGUUAUUUACCAUAGUUUAGGCACCAUACUAGAUUUUUAUUUAUAAUCUUUUUAUCUGCUGAUCCUCAAAAAUGUUUUAUAAAUUAGAGAUGAAAAAACUAAGAAAGAGAUUAAGUAAAUAACUUGCACAAAGUCACACAACCAGCCAGUGGUGGAGAGAAUAUUCCAUUUCAGAACUUUGUGGCUUCAAAACCUAAAUUCCAUAAUUCAGAUGAUAAGAUACCACAGAUGUCCUUCUUUUUCUCUAUCCUUCCUCAUGCAUUUGGGUUCUGUAGCAUCCAGUGGGAAAGAACAGAACCCUUUGAUCAUUGAAUCAUUUUGUGAAUUUACUGGUUGCCCUAGGAGGUGUGAAAACAUGAAUGAAGUUUUCAGACAUUUGUCAGUCUGAUGGACACCAUGGCUCCAAGCAGAGUAGUACCAUGUACAGAUGUCAAAUAACCAUUAACUCUAACAGAAUUGCUGGGUAAUUUUUGAUGAAGUGAAAAGUAUAAAAACUUUUCAGAGAGGACAUGCUUUACAGGACAACAUCCAGUGCAAACUAUGCAUAACUUGGAUGUUAAGUUUGUACUCAUCAGCCUGAGGUUUAAUAUGACAUAACUUACUUGUGAACAGCUACUACUCUGUCCAAUUUGGUGUGAAGUUUUCUUUUCUUCCCAAUGCCCACUUCUUUGCAUCAGCUUAAAGGCUGUUUAGCUUAUUAGCUCAGUUAAGAGAUUUCUGUAAUUUGACUCUCAUGGAUCUGAAAGUUCAAAUUUCACAGCACCCUAAAUGUUAGAAACCUUUUGAUCAGUGUGGUUGAACUUUUGUACAGGAAAAGACUCUUCCAUGGAGCCCACUGACUCGGUUUAUUUCAACUUACUAAUACCAGACUGACUUAAGUGACACUAAUAUAGAGCCGAGCUGGUUGUUAAUGAGACCACAUAUGUUUACAGUCUGUUUUCAACACUCAGGAUUUCACCCAUCUGCCUACAGAGAAAUGGUCAAAUACAAGAUGUGACAUCUUGUAUGACUUUGUGCUAGAGCACAUUGAUUCACUCAAAGUCAACACAGGUUUAUUAAGUUCCUACUAUAUUUGCAUAGACAGUAAAAAAAAAGAUGAGUAUUUAUUCCACACACUUAAGAUUUUUAAUGUUAGAAGGUUUAAGGCAAGUGAAUAAAUAGCCGUGUAUAAGAGACCAAGAAAAGUGUCUUAAGAGGUACAAAAUGCUGUGAAGAUCCAGAGGAGAGAUUAUAGCUCCUUGAGGGGAGAUCUAGACGCUAAAGGAGAAGUAGUCCUUAGUCCUUGAACAGACAGGUACUGGGGGUGAAGGAGGCAGCAGGUGAUGUUUCAGAGAGAGAACAUCAUUAAUGAACACAAACACACACACAAGUGCUAGUUGUAUUGAGGAAAUAGUGAGUCAUUAAUUUUAUCUGGAAUUCAGGUUCCCUCACACUGCAUUCGGAGCAACAGUGAGAGAUAAGAUUGGAAAAGCAGACUGAAGGGUUAUUCUGAAGCAUUUAGAAUAUGAAACUGAGAAUUUGUAAUUUAGUAAGUGUUACUGAUGUAAAACCAUCACAUUGGUUUACCAUAGUUAUUGGUACCCUAGGGAAUAUAGACUAGCCAACUGCCCCCAAACUCUUCUCACAUAUCGUUUUAUCAUUUAUAGUGGUUAUAUAGCAUUUCAUUAUAUGGAUUACCAACAUUUAUUUAACCAUUCUGCUAUUGUUGGACCUAUAUGCUGUCGCCAGUAUUCUGCAGUUGCUAUAAUUUUACAACAAACUUCUGUUGCUAAUUUUUUCCCUUCCAUAUUACUUCCAUAGGGUAGACUCUUAGAUAUUAAACUUCUUGGAUAAGAAACAAAAUAAUUUAAGUUCACUGAAACAUACCUUAAGAUUAAAUUGCUCAAGCAUUUGUGCAAAUUUACAGUUCUAUUUGAGAUUUUAAAUUAGUAGUAUUAAAAAAAGAGACAACAGGUCCCAAAUGGAGUUACUUGUGCUAAAGACCAUGUCAGCAAACCAGGGCUUAAUACCUAACCUAACUGCAAUUUCAACGUAACCUUUAGUCAACCUGGAAUUACCUGGUCAGCACUAGAUGAGGUCAUCUGCCAUAGGCCCCUCCAUUCCCCUUAGGAAGGCAACUUGCCUGUAACAAUACAUUCUUUGCUAAUAACUUUCUUUUUCUGCCCCUUUUAUACCUUUAAAAACCUUUCUUUUUCUCCAGUGUGGUGGAACCAAUUUGACCUUUAAAUUUACUCAAUCAAAUUUUUCUUACUUAACGGUAGCCUGUAUGGGCUUUAGUUUUUGCCCCUGAGUGCCUUAUAGGCGCUGCUAAGCCUCUGAUAAAUAUAAUUCCAUGAAAGACUACUCCUUUGAAAAAAAAAAAAGAACAACUCUCCAUAAAAGAACUUUAAUAAGCUUGACUAAAUAUUUAGAAAGCAUAUUGUGUUGAGUGAAACUUUGAAUGUAAUAAAUAAUGAGAGUAAUAGAAGGUACUUUUGGAUGACUGGUUUGUCAAGGAACACAAACAAAGAAAACAAGUUCUUUUGAUUACUUCCUCAAACAGCCAACACAAUGGGGAAAGUGGAGGAAAUGUUGCAUGAACACUAUGAAAAGGGAACCAGAAAGCCUAACAUGUAAACUUGGAGAAAUGACAGCAUUAGAAAACAAACCUACAAAAGAGAACACCUUCUAGUGUAAGCCGAGUUGCGCAAAAGAUAGAUAUUCUCUAGAAGUGGAGCUUUAUCAAGUCUGCCAAGAGACUAAGUGGAAUAGUUUACCUUCAACAUGAUUAACAAGCCUUUCUUUGAAAUUGUGUUGGUGCUGCUGGCUUCUUCCACCGUCUUCUCCCGAGAGUUGAAACCGGUUCUUUUCCAACAAAGAAGAGUAAACAGAGAGAGUUUAAAACUCUUGAAUAAAUUGCGAACCUCAUCAAUUCAGCAGUGUCUACCACAUAGGAAAAACUUCUUGCUUCCCCAGAAGUCUGUGGAUCCUCACCAGUAUCAGAAAGGACACAUACUGGCCAUUCUUCAUGAGAUGCUUCAGCAGAUUUUCAACCUCUUCAGGGCAGUUAUUUCUCUGCAUGGUUGGGAGGAAAUCCAAAUGGAUAGGUUCCUCUCUGAACUUCAUCAACAGCUGGAAUACCUGGAAACACUCAUACAACUGCAAGCUGAACAGAGAAGUGGCACCUUGGGUAGUGAGCACCUUAGGUUACAGGUUAAAAGUUACUUCCAAAGGAUCCAUGAUUACCUGGAAAGUCAGGAAUACAGCAGCUGUGCCUGGACCAUUGUUCAGAUAGAAAUCAACCGGUGUCUGUUCUUUGUGAUCCAACUCACAGGAAAGCUGAGCAAACAAGGAAUGGAUCCUUGAACCUUGUGGAGCAAGAGCCAGCUGCAGGCUUUAAAAGUAUAGGGUAGGUGGAGGAGUGGGAGGAUUUCUCCAGACGCUAUUCUUUCUUUUGUCUUAAAAUGGUAGUAUUGCUUUGGUUUUGUGUGUGUAUGUAUAUGUAUAUAUACACAUUGAUUUGCGCUUUAAGA